CUUCAAUAAAUCCGAGGACUGCACUGUAACACGCCUAUCUCCAACUACCGGCAGUAGAAGCAGCACGGUGCUUUGCGUGUGCCGUGGUAUAUCAUACCAUCUCCUGCCUGCACUCCAGCUCAUCCCAACAAAUGUUUCCCUCCAGCUAACACCUCAGGUAAACCUAGCUCUCAUCCAUCAUGAUGUCCCACACCAAAUCCCCCGCCGACAGCGAAGCCGGCGAAAUUCCCGAUGGCCUCCCCUCCACCAUCGCCGACGGCAGCACCCCCCUCGACAAAGCCGACAUGUACCGCAUGGGCAAAACCCCCCAACUCCACCGCAACUUCCGCUUCUUCUCCAUCUUCGGCUUCACCAUGGUCCUCAUGCAAACCUGGGAAACAGAACUCAACGUCAGCGUCUUCGGCCUCGUCAACGGCGGCACCGGCGGCGUGAUCUGGGUCUACCUGGGCGCCUUCCUCGGUCUCUUCUUCGCCAUCCUCACCAUGGCAGAAAUGGCCUCCAUGGCGCCCACAACAGGAGGACAGUACCACUGGGUCAGCGAGUUCGCCCCGCGAUCCUCGCAGCGUUUCCUCAGUUUCAUUGUCGGUUGGUUAAGCGUGCUAGGCUGGCAGGUCGGCAACCCGGCGAUUUGUUUCCUUCUGGCGCAGCAGAUCCAGGGGUUGGUUAUUCUCAACAACCCUUCGUAUGUUCCUGAGCGGUGGCAUCUCACGCUGCUGGUCAUCGCCAUUUUGACCGUCUGCAUGGUUCUCAACACCCUCCUCUACCGCGCCCUACCGCUGUUGGAAACUCUCGCUCUUGUGCUGCACACGGCCGGCUUUCUCGCAGUGCUGAUUCCCCUGUGGACAAUGGGUCCAAAACUGCAAUCCGCUCACGACGUCUUCUUCACCUUUGCCGACGGGGGAGGAUGGGGAAACACCGGGCUUUCCUGCCUGGUGGGGAUUCUCUCCCCUAUAUUCAGUCUCCUUGGGCCGGACUCAGCUACGCACAUGGCGGAGGAGCUGCAGGAUGCGAGUAAAUCCCUCCCGCGGGCCAUGAUAGCCACAGCACUUCUUAACGGCGUGUCAGGGUUCGUCAUGGUGGUUACCUAUUGCAUGGUUCUCGGGGAUUUGGAGAGUGUGCUACAGACCCCAACAAUGAUUCCGUUCAUCCAGGUGUUUUACAAUGCCGUGGGGAGUUACGGCGGUGUGACGGCGAUGACGUGUAUCAUGAUAAUCAUGGCCUCGUGCGGGGUGGUGAAUAACAUUGCGACGAGCAGUCGGCAGCUGUGGGCGUUUGCGAGGGACAGGGGCGUGCCGUUCUCGGGGUGGUUUGCCAAGGUGCAUCCGCGGUUCGGGCUGCCGCUGAAUGCGCUGGGGGCGUCGUAUGUGUUUGCUGUGUUGUUGUCGUUGAUCAAUAUAGGGAGCACCGUGGCGUUCAACAUCCUCACCAGUCUUGGGGUGGGUGCGUUGCUUUCGUCGUAUGCCAUCUCGUGUGGCUGCAUCGCGGUGAAGCGCAUUCGACAUGAGCCGCUGCUGCCGCGGAGCUUUGAUCUAGGCCGAACAGGGCUGGUCAUUAAUGUGCUCAGUGUUUUAUUUCUGGUGUUCACCUUCAUCAUGACAUUCUUCCCGCCGGUGCCAGAACCAACGCUAGAGAUGAUGAACUGGAGCAUUCUUGUGUAUGGGACCGUGGUUGUCUUCAGCGUGGUGUAUUAUAUUGUUAGAGGGCGACUCCGAUAUGCUGGUCCCGUUGAGUAUGUCCGAAAAUCAGCUUGAAUGCAGUCAAACGGACGGAGACAAGCAGCUGCAAACAGGGGUGAGGGGGGAGUAGUUUGAGAGACUUUCUAAGUCAGCAGCCUUUAGAAAACAUCCAGACGGCCCACAAGAUACAUGAUGGACAGUACUAGACUUUGUAGCUGGUCUUCACCGCCAUCUUCAAUAACAACGUCUACAAAGACAAGACAGCUAUUAAAUCAAGAUUCGUUUUUCAUA